GGUAAGGGGUAAAGGGGGUGGUCGGAAUGUCAGGUGUUUAAAAGGGCAAUUUUUGAAUUGUUGCUGCAACAGGCAGAGUUUCUUGCUUUUGUUGGAAUGACUACAUGAUGCUGCAAGUAUUCUGCUUCCUACCAUUGUAUCUUAUACAUCUGUCUUUGCACAGAUCUAAGCCAUUUAGUUUAUGAAGGCAAAAUGGUUGGAGGAGCCUUACAUUUUUCCUAUCUUUGUUCUUAACAGUCUUCCAUCUUUUUUUUCUCUUUCAAAUUGUUUGUCAAUUUUUUUAUCCAGAUCAUUGAGGCUCUCUCAGCAGUUCCAUCUCCCGAGCUGGCAUUGAGGCUGUACUUGCAGUGUGCAGAGAGAUACAUUCUUUAAAGAUUAAUGAGGAUCUCAACCCAGCCAGUUUUUCGUUGGACCUGCCUACCCGGUGCUGCCAAUGACUGUGAUCUUGAACCAGUUGCUUAUGAAUUUUUCACUCAAGCAUUUGUACUAUACGAGGAAGAAGUUGCGGAUUCUAAAGCGCAAGUGACUGCUAUCCACUUAAUAAUUGGAACUCUUCAGCGGAUGAAUGUUUUUGGCGUUGAAAACAGGGAUACCUUAACUCACAAAGCCACUGGGUAUUCAGCAAAGCUUCUGAAGAAACCUGAUCAAUGCAGAGCAGUUUAUGCUUGUUCACAUCUCUUUUGGGUUGAUGAUCAAGAUGGUAUCAAGGAUGGUGAGAGGGUUUUAUUGUGCUUAAAGCGCUCUUUGAGAAUUGCAAAUGCUGCUCAGCAGAUGGCAAAUGUUACGAGAGGCAGCAGUGGGCCCGUCACGCUAUUUGUUGAAAUUCUAAACAAGUACCUACACUUUUUUGAAAAGGGAAAUCCUCAAAUCACCACUGCUGCAAUUCAAGGCCUUAUUGAGUUGAUCAAGACAGAGAUGCAGAACGACAACACAACGGCGAAUCCAGCUUAUGAUGCUUUCUUUGCCAGCACGUUGCGGUAUAUUCAAUUUCAAAAACAAAAGGGCGGGGUAAUGGGUGAGAAAUUUGGUCCAAUCAAAGGUGUGAUUCUUGGGUUGGAUGGCUAGCAUUCAAAAUUUGUGUAGAGACCAUUCCCUUUCUUCUAAAUCUGUUCUCUCCAUGCCAGCACCAUUUACAUCAACAAAAGAAUAAAUGAAAUCAAGAGAAGUGUCUGUAUUGCCAAAGAAAAAUUUGGUUACUUUGUGGUAUGCUGCAUUUUCUAACCAAGUUUAUUAAGCUAAAAUGUACUAAAUUGAAUAUUGAUGA